CGCCUAUUAAGACCCAGGACAGCAGACGCCGAGCCGCGCCAGGCACAUAUGCACAUGCACAUGCGACCCUCCGUUCUUGUGCCGUUGUGCGGUGCAAGCGCGGCGGGCGGGACCAAAAGCCAUCGGCCGACGAAGCCCAAGCGUGGCGCCUGCCGUCCCCUCCAACGCGCGGGCGUUCCCAAGCGCAUGCGCAGCCGCUACCACGAAGGCAUCGCCCCGUUUGGCGUCUUCCGUGCGCGCGCACCUCUUAAGCCUCGCCCGCGCGCGCACCCCGGCCACUUGACUUGAGCCAGCCAGCGAGCUGUUCUCCCGUGAAGGCCCCAACACCACCACCAGCAGCCAAGGCCAAGCUAUGGGCGCUGCCGCGGCAGAGGUCGUGGCACCGAGGCCGCCGUCGGCCAAGAGGAAGUCGACCACGCUCAAGUUCCUGUUCGAGCUCGAGAAGCCGGACGGUGGCCUGCUCCCCGGCACGGCCAAGCUGCCGCCGCCGUCGCCGGAGCCCGAGGCGGACAGCCUGAUCGACAAGAUCGCGUCGUGCAACCGCGCGUUCACGUUCGUCGACGCGGCGGAGCGCGAGGAGGAGCGGGACGCGAAGCGGGACCGGCUCGUGGAGGUGCUGGGCGCCGUGCGGUCGAGCGGGGGCAAGCGGCAGCCGCUGGACCACCGCGUGAUGGUGGCGCUGGUGGAGAUGGUCGGCGCCAACCUGUUCCGCGCAAUGCCGCCGCCGGCGUACCCGGCGCUGCCCCCCGACGGCGCCGACGAGGAGGCGCCGGCGGUGGCUCUGGCCCCGUCGUGGCCGCACCUGCAGGUGGUCUACGACAUCCUCCUCUCCGUGGUGGCCGCGUCGGACGCCAGGACGCUGCGCAACCACGUGGACCGCGCCUUCCUCUCCGCCCUCCUGGCGCUGUUCGCCUCCGAGGACCCCCGCGAGCGCGACCGGCUCAAGACCGUGUACCACCAGCUCUACUCCAAGCUCACCUGCGAGCGCGCCUUCAUGCGGCGCUCCAUGGCCGCCGCGUUCCUGCGGCUCGCCUACGAGGCGCCCGCCGCCGAGCGCCACUGCGGCGCCGCCGAGCUUCUGGAGAUCUGCGGCAGCAUCGUCAACGGCUUCGCCGUUCCGCUCAAGGAGGAGCACCGUAUGUUCCUGGCGCGCGUGCUGCUGCCGCUGCACCGCACGCGCUGGGCGCACACGUACCACCGCCAGCUCGCCUACUGCGUGCUCCAGUUCGUGCGCAAGGAGCCGGGGCUCGCCGACGCGGUGGUCACGGACAUCCUGCGCCACUGGCCCGUCACCAACUGCCAGAAGGAGGUGCUCCUCAUUGAGGAGCUCGAGGAGAUUGUCGAGCUGCUCGAGCCGGUGCAGUUCCAGAGGCUCGCCGUGCCCAUCUGCUCCCGGAUCGCCCGCUGUGUCAGUAGCUACAGCUCUCAGGUGGCGGAGAGGGCGCUGUACGUGUGGAACAACGAGCGCUUCCUGGAGCUGGCGACGGCGUCGCCGGACGUGGCGGAGAGGAUCCUGCCGGCGUUCGUGGCCAGCGUGGAGAGCAACCUGGAGCGGCACUGGAGCAAGUGCGUGCAGCAGGUGACGGCCAGCGUGAAGUCCCUGCUGGAGCAGGUCGCGCCCGACCUGUACGCGCGGUGCGCCGCCGACCUCGCCACGCGGCGGUCCGAGGCCGAGGCCGCCGCCGCCGUGCGCGACGCCCGGUGGCGUAGGCUCGAGGCGGCGGCCGCCGCCGCCGCCAAAUAGCCCGCGGUGGCGAGACGACGUGUCAGUGUACAUCAUGCGUGAGUUGUCGUGGUGUCUGGUGUCGAGCUGUGGACGCGCCGCGAUUGGUGGCGUCGUCGCAGCGUGCCAUUUUGGUUGCCAACGCGCGCAGCGGCUGGCUGUACGACCGAGACCGUGCUGUGGAAGCCAAGUUUGUGC